ACCCAUGGUCACACUAUUAGUUUUCUCAAACAAACGCUUGGGAUUUGUUAUUCGUAUUCAUUUAAAGUUUUCGCGUAUUUUAAUUGAACGAUAUGGCCUCGAUUGCCAAGUUGCUGGUGCUUCUCGCCUCAAUGGCAACAUUUGGAUACUCUUACGUGGUUGGUCGCCUUAUGCUCUUCCUCUCGACACCUCGCUCGGUUUCGAAGGCGCACACCUGGAUUUUCAAUUUACUGGACAACAAAUCCCGCCUGGAAACUGCCUAUGGUCCCGUGGUGUUUGACACCCUUUACCUGAUAGGAUUCAUCUUUCAACACAGCUUCCUUAAGUCAGCUUUUGUCAAGAAGCUAUUGGCCAAAUGUGGUUUGGGUGGUGCAGAGCGAACUAUUUAUAGUCUGACGUCAUCGAUUUGUUUACAUUACCUGAUUGUCAAUUGGCUGCCCGCCCAGUCUAUCGUCCUAUGGCAAAUUGAUGUGGAGGACAGCGCACCUCUUUGGUGGACUUUUGCUAUCACUCAUGGUUUAUGUUGGGUUGUGAUCUUUGGAGGCACUUUAGUAAUGGAUUUACCGGAGCUACUGGGCAUCAAGCAGGCAUACUACGACCUAAAGGCUUACAGCGAACCUAUUAACUUCAAAUCCACUGAGUUGCGCAAUUUGUAUGCACACGUGAGGCAUCCUUCCUUUGUGGGCUUAUCCGUCAUUCUCCUUGCCACCAAUGUGAUGAGUGUUGACCGACUUCUGUUGGCACUUCUCUUGACCACUUAUAUGUACGUGGCCUGGUCGACGGAUCACAAGGAUGUGGCCUACCAGAAAUUGCAACUGCAGCGCAAAAAGCUGGAGCUAAAGGCACAGUAAUACGCAUAUCUUUUCAUUUAGCACUAGAAGUAAGUUUGACUCUCGUUUGUACUAAAAAUGUUUUUAUAGAACAUAUCAAUUAUAAG